CCGCCAAGCGUUUUCCUCACUCCGUCCAUCUCCCACCACGCAUCCAGCAGUCCGCCCCCUCUCCCAGGUCGCGGGCACUUCUCCCCUGCCUUCUGCGAUCGCCUCCUCUUCUUCGCUCUGCCCUUGCUUUCUCCAAUCCUGCCCUGCUCCCGUCUCUCGUUGCUAUCUACCUUAGCCUGAUUGUUUCUCUCCCUCCCCUCGUUCUGCUGGCCUACAUGGUGGAGUGGCGGUGUUGCGACCAGCUAGUAAUCCCGCGACCUGGCAACGCAACGGCGCUUGCCCGCACCAUUCCCUGAACGGAGGAAAGCCGCGGAGAGUCAGCUUCGGGCAAGGAGCGGCAGUGCGACUCAUAUCGCAGUGCGAUAUUUGGCAGUGCGACGUUUGGCAGUGCGAUAUUCCACAGUGCGUCAAGGCAGCUAUUCUCAGCCAUUCUCAGCUAUUCUCGAGAACAAUAAAUCCGCAACAGUCCAUGGCGCUCGACUGGGCAAAGGCGUUGCGCCAGGCGUCCAAGAUCCGCUCGGCCCCGCACCACCACUGGAGCCCCGACUGCGUGGCGGCGGACAGCAGCGGCGUCUCCGCCAGCGGCAUUUCCGCCAGCUCUCUCCCCGCGUCCCCAGCGCCUUGGGCACUCUCUCCCGCGACCCCCUCCUCGUCAACUUCCGAAGGCGACAGCGUAACGGUUACUAACGGAAGCAAUCUUUUCGCCACGGCGAAGAAGCUCUCCGUCUCGCUCUCCGCGCAGCCCUCCCCGCAACCCCCCUCCGCCGCCCGCGCAACUCCCCGUCGCCGCAAGGCGCUAGCGCCGGUGCUAGUGCAGCCGCUCGCGAGCCCGUCUACGGGGAGCUGCUCCUAUGGGGGUCGGGGGGGGGCGGCGGCGGAAGACGGGAGUCCGCGGAGUGCCUCGUGGGUGGGCGCGGCCGUCGAGACUCCGCGGAAACUGGGCGGAUCUGCGCCGUCCUUCGCUCCCAAUCCAGCGGCGUUGUCUCCUUUGAUGCUUCCGCCGAGCGCGGCGGACGGCGCUCCGAAUCCCCCCACGGUUCACCUUCCCCCGUCGCACAGCGCUUCGUCCGCUCGCCGCGCAAAGAGGCCCGCUUCCCCCGUUACGCCCGUUGCCGCGGCGCCGUCUCCGGUGGAGAUGGAGACGAAGCUGAAUGAUUGGUUAACGAAUGUUCUCGCGCCGGCUCUCGCGGCGGGUGGGCCGGCGGGCCGCACUGCGUCCGCGCCUCGAGCAGGUCUCUUCAACGGCUCCAAUCUGAGCAAUAAGCCGCAACCCGCUUCAUCCGCUUCCGUUGUGCCUCCCCCGGCGCCAUUCCCCGCGAGCCCCGUGGAUAGGCUCGCGGAGCAGCUGGUCGGGCAAUGGCGGAAGCCGCAACAGCUUCCGCGCUCGCCUGCCCCCCCCGCUUCUGCUCCACCUGCUUCGGCAGUGCCACAGGCAAAGGCGGAAAAACCCGCGCCUUUUCUGGUCCGCGCGUCCUUCCCAGCAUCGUGUUCCGCCUCCGCUCCUUCCCCGUUCGGCCGGCUGCAGCGCAACCCGGUUGCGUCCCCUCCGCCAGUGGCACAGCCUGGCAACGCGCCCCUGCACAUGCUCCCGCAGACUCCCGCGCAAAUGCCCAAGCAACCGGUGUCUCCGCCAGCGGCGCAUUCCGCGCGCGGAUCCAACGACUCCCCGGAAGGAGUCUCCCCCCGACCCAGCCAGCUCGCGGGGGACGCCUUCUGCCCGCUUGCCUUCCUGGCUGGUGACCUGGACGAGUGCGACCAGGUGAAACUUCAGGUGAAUCCGCAGGACGGGGCGGAGGCGGAGGGGAAGCUGGCUGGAGAUGGGGGGAUUGAGGGCUGCGCGGGGCUGUUUCUUUCCGCCAUUCAUGACGUGCGGGGGGGGGAGCAGCCCGUAGGGGGGAAAUGCGCGGAAGAGGCGGAGUCUCUGGAGGAGUUAGCCGGACGGGAUAUUGACUGGCAGUCCCUGCUUGCACCCUGGGAGCCCGCUUUAGGUGGUUCCUCAGGUGCUCCAGAUUCGGAUGCUGAUGCAGCCUCAGGUGAAAACGGCAGUGGAGACGCAGGUGCGGAAAAUAAGGGGCCCUAUGAUUGCCCUAGCGCGACCAGUCAGGUGGUUGCUACAGAACACAGUGACCUGGCGCCCAUGUGGCAUGCUGACGUGGCGGACCUGUGCAUGGGAGUGCCAGCGUGGAUUUCCCAUGAGGACAUGGAUGGUCUCCACCAGUGGGACUCCACUCAAUACGAGGUGGAGCACUUGCACUCCGCUAAGCGUCAACGCUUAGCCUGAGGACCAGUCACCUGGAUCAGCCGAUCAGGGAUACAUUGCUGCGGUGGGCUGGCAGCAUGAUAUACUUACUGACAAAUCCGUCAUGAUGCUUUAUGGUGUACAAGUAUAUGGCCAUCAUAGAUGUGACGCUACCUGGUGCCAAUAAGAAGCUGCCAAUGUAUGCAGGGGCUUAUGCUUGGUGCUGUAUUGUAUACCUUCUCAUUCACCCGUGUGUUAUACUUUUGAUUUGAGUGA